AUGGAGCAGUGGAUGCAGCAGCGCAAGGAGCAGGAGGUGGAGCUGAUGACUCGGCUGCAGCAGGAGUUUGCGGAGAUGAUGCAGGAGCCGCAGAGCGGACUUUUCAGGAGAGAUGUGGUCUUCGCCACCUGGGACCUGUGGCAGUUUGGGGCCUUUGCUGCAGGCCUUGUGCUGCUCUUUGGGCUCUUCUGGAUGGCCACGGAGCAGGACUUUGAUGAGUGUGACAGCAGCAGUGGCCUGAGCUCCUCCAGCAGCGAAGAGGAGGGGGAAGGCGAGGAGCAGGAGGCUGUGGGUGCUGUGCACUGGCUCUCUCCUGAACAGCAGCUGGACUGCCCAGGCAGGAGGGCCCUAGAGACCUUCUACCAGCAGCACCUCUGGGGGCCAGUGCAGGACGUGGCCCACACAUGCAAGCUGGGCACCGGCGGGGAGCUGCCGGCGAGGCAUGGCCGCGUCCAUGCGAAGCUGGAGUGCAUGUGCGAGAGGGAGCAGCUGCUGGGGGACGUGCUGUGCUUCCAGCACCACUCCCAGAUCCGAGUGCGCAGGUAUCAGCGCCCCGGGCUCCUACACACCCUGCGCACUGGCUUCUACCUGGAUGUGGAGAAAACCGCCCGCUGGUUCCAGCUCUGUGUAAGAAAUGCCUGGGACAUGAUUGCUGCGGAACAAAACUGCCAGCUGACAGUGCUGCCUUCCUCCCAUUCCUGCAAGCUCCAGCUCACAUGCGACUCUGGGAGAACCAUGCACACUGAGAUAAUGCUGGGGGUGCAGCAAGACAACUCAGGGCUCUUCAUGGGCAGCCAGGAGGCAGAGGCCGGCCUCAGCAGCAGCACAACUUGGCUGGAGAGCUGUGCCCUGCAAGAGCUGCUGUUCUUCAGAUUCAUGGCCAGGCAGGCCCCCCAGGGCAGCUGCCACCUAACGUGUCUGCAGCUCCUCACCUACCUCCUGGAGGACUCGGUGCUUUCCUCUGUCCACCUGAAAACAGUCGCCAUGCACCUCCUGACACUGCUUCCCCCAUCAGCGUGGUGCCCGGAGCAUCUCCUGGAGCGGCUGAGGGAUGUCCUGCGCUACCUGCACCACUGCCUGGAGGAGAAACAGCUUCACCACUUCCUCCUAGGCAACGAGAGGGUGCCCAGGGAGGUCCCCCUGCCAGCGGCCUUCCAAACGGCCAGCCCGCUCAACCUCUUCCAGCACCUGGCGCAGCAGCCCGACGCCCACGCCCAGGCGCUGCGCGAGUUCACCGAGCUGCAGGAUCGGCUCAGGAGGCUGCUUCUUUGGGGAAACUCUCAGGAGCAGGAUGGUUUGCGUCGCCAGGCAACAGACGGACGGGCUGCUGUCCUCCUGCAAACCUUGCAGGGCUGA